CACCUCGGCAUCUUUUUUGAUGAGCCAGCCACUAACCUCAGUUCAUCUCUUGUCAAAGCUGCAAUCAUCCACAACGUCGCCUCUGAGUCUACAUCAUCUCCUUCAUCAAUACACCCUCCAUUCGAUAUACCUCUCGGACGAUCCAGUCACCACUGGCUGCAGGACUCCGCGUCGUCGUCCUCGUCGUCGUCCUCGUCGCGCCGCUGAUCCUAACUACCUUAAAGUUGUGCUGUAAAUGAAGCAUGCCGAGAUAAUAUGACGAGUGCAUCGCCGCCCAAGCCCUGGGAGCGCGCCGGUCCAACAGCGUCCUUCGACACAACCGCCAUGACAGCCCCAUCGUCCACUUUUCCUUCCUCCGACACUUCUACCACCUCCGCCCCAGCUCUUCCUGAUCGCCCGUCUACUCUCAACAAUGUAGUCAAUCAAACCGCUUCCAACUAUGCCAAUCAGAACCGUUUCGGCACCGCCGCCAAUUCAUAUUCAUCCCCAUAUUCAUCAUAUUCAUCACCAUACUCCCGCUUCGGUGGUGGUGGUAUGGGCGGCAUGUAUGGCGGCAUGGGUGGCAUGGGUGGCAUGUACGGAGGAGGUGGUUAUGGCUAUGGAAGCGGUAUGUACGGCAACAGUAUGUAUGGAGGCGGGUAUGGUGGAGGGUUUCCUGGCAUGCCGGGAGAUCCUAAUAACCCCAACAACAUGAGCCUGACUCAAUCAUGGAACCAAAGCACUGCUGCAACCUUCCAAAUCAUGGAAAGCAUCGUUGGCGCUUUCGGCGGCUUUGCUCAAAUGUUGGAAAGUGCUUACAUGACUACACAUUCUUCCUUUUUCGCAAUGGUAUCCAUGGCUGAACAAUUGGGGAACCUUCGCCAAACCCUCGGUAGUAUCUUAGGGAUAUAUACCCUCAUACGCUGGAUGCGAACUCUCAUUGCCAAACUGACUGGCCGGCCACCCCCAGCUGAUGCCACCGCCCUAACUCCCGCAAACUUUUCAUCCUUCCUCAAUGGCGGCGCCGCUCCCGCCACUCUGCCCGAUGGCAGCCCAGCUCCCCCACGACCCUCGAAGAAACCCCUCAUCAUGUUUGCCCUUGCCGCUUUUGGCCUUCCCUAUCUGAUGGGCAAACUCAUACGCGCCAUGGCUCGGACCCAAGAAGAAGAGCAGCGCCGUCAACAAGCCCAAGCCGAGCAAACUCUCUCCUACGUCAAUCACAAUGGCGAACAAGUCCCUAUCGACCCCCGCAAGCUUGACUUUUGCCGUGUCAUCUACGAUUAUAUUCCAGCAGCCAACUCCACCGGACUGGAUUUGAGCGUGAAGAAGGGCGACUUCGUGGCUGUGCUAUCUAAGACUGACCCGGCCGGGAAUCCAUCUGAGUGGUGGCGUUGCCGAGCUCGUGAUGGAAAACAGGGUUAUCUGCCAUCGCCGUACCUAGAACCUAUUCAGCGGCCCGCACAACGAACACAAGCACAGAUCACCGAGGGCGAGGCCACUGCCUCGGCCCCAGGGUCUCGCACUGCGACCAUGAAAGGGUCUGAGCCAGUAACAGCCGCAACAAAGCUGCUGGAGGAUUCAAACCGGACCAAAAGCCUGACUUCGGUCUAUCCUGGAAGUCUUGGGGCUGAUGCCAAGGUCCCUGUUUCGGUCCCGGUGAGCGGGAAAGGCAAUGGAAUUUCUGCGGAGAGUUUCCAAAAGAGUGCCUUUUAUUCAUGAUUUGAUUUGAGCAAUCUCGCAUCUGAACUGUGUCGACUUUGGAUAGGCAAAAGAGGAAGACGCAAUGGGAAGGAUCGCUAGAGGUUGGUGAAAAGGCAUGAAAGGACAAAUGGCAAGAAGCUCGAUUUCAAUUUUGCUCUCUCGAGUCUUCCUCUCGACCUCGUGCAACUGGUAUUGCUAGCUUAAGGGGACGAGAGUCGAGCGAAGCCCCCCUGGGUUUGGAGAUGACAUGUCACACGUAACGGGUAAAACGACUAUUCUUCCGUCCAGGCGUACGAUGAGAUACUUUGGUAUAAUUAACAUGCUAUGCUGUUCCAACUGAAUUCAUUGACUACAUCGUGCCUUUAUGCGACGAUAAGUACGGGUGGUUACCGUUGGAUACAGGCUGAGCAUCCUCAUGGGCCUAGUGAUAAACAUCUCCAUGGAUGGUAAAAGCAACCAUGGGUCCAUUGACGACCUGCAAAAAAAAGGCAAAUGCAACACCAAAUACAAAGGUUCAAAAAUAAUAACGAAAUCCACUGGAU